AUGAAAAUAGCAUGUUAAUUAGGAGAUAUGUUUAUUACAGCUGCUUAUGCUCCAAGUGGUAGAGCUACUUGUAAAGGUUGUUAAGGCAAAAUUGCUAAAGAAGAACUUAGAUUAAGUAAUAUUGUUGAUGAAGAUCAUUAUCAUCAAGAACAUCAUUUUCAUGCUGAUUGUUUUUAAUUAAAACCAGCAUUUAAAAAUGCAACAUAUAAAGAUAUUUUUCAUGUUGAAAAUCUAUCAAAAGAAGAUUAAGAAAAAGUCAAAGCUAUUCUAGAAAAAUUAUAAAAAACAGAAGUCAAAAAGAAACCUUAAUAAAAAAAAAUCAAUCCAAAAUCUAAAUAAAACAAAUCUAAAAAAAGUGAUGUUGGAGAUGAUAGUGAUAGUGAUGAUGAUUAUAAAGGAACAAAAAAAUAAAAUGAUAAAUAAACUAAAAUUGAAUAAAAAAAUGAAAAAAAAUAAGUGAUUUCAAAAUAAUCAGAAUCAUUUCAAAAUGUUAGUGAUGAAGAAGAGGAACCUGAAGUAUUUGUACUUUAUGAUAAAUCAUAAAAAGAAGAAUUUAAGAAAAUCUAAAAAGAGCUAGAAAAAAAAUCAAUGGGUUAGUUGAAAUAAAUGUUAAAAGCAAAUGAUUAAAAAUAAACAGGUAAUAAAGGUGAACUUAUUGAAAGAAUUGCGGAUUGUAUGAUUAAAGGAUGUUUAGAGAAAUGUCCUAAUUGUUCUGGAGGAAGACCAAAGUUUAAUCCUAUUUAGAAGAUAUUUAAAUGCCCUGGAUAUAUGGAUGACACAGAAUUCAGAUUUUGCAAUAAAUCUUAUUAACCUUAAGAUCUUAAAAGAAUUCCUUGGGUUGAUGUUUGA